AUAGCAAACAAGAAGUCCAGGAUGCGUUUACAAGAACGGUCGAGAGGGUUAUGGAUUCACCUAUUGUACAGGCUGGGAUAAAGAAACGGUUAAAAAAAAUAUCCGAUAAUAUCAGUGAUACUUUUGAAGGAAAGGAUAUUGUCGAAUUUUUUGCGGAACUGGACAAGGAGUUUGAGGCAAAGCUAAAUCAACGAAAUCUUGAGAGAUCUUUUGAUAAGAAUAGCUCCGAACUACUAAAGAAGUCUGGUGAUUUAAAUACAUUGAGACUUUCAUCUUAUUAUAUAGAAAGGUCUGCUGAAGAGAGAAUCAACUUCUGAUCAAAGCAAUUAUAUUCCAAGAAAAAGGCAAGAAAUUGAUUUUAAUGAGGAGCGAACAAUAAAAGAAGCAAUAUCAAGUUGGAAAUACUACGCCACUUUCACUUGAUAAAAAUGAACAAGAUGCGGAUGUUGCUGUCAAACAGGAUACGGAUAGCAUGUAUUGCCAGGAGCUGUCAUCA